AUGGCGGCCGAGGUGGAUUUUGGCGACCUGGAGCUGUUCGAGGCGUUUGACCACCCGGAGGAGUCGAUUCCAAAGCCCGUUCACACCCGCUUCAAGGACGACGACGGCGACGAGGCGGACGAGAACGGGGUAGGCGACGCGGAGCUGCGGGAGCGGCUUCGGCAAUGCGAGGAAACCAUCCAACAGCUCCGAGCCGAGAAUCAAGAACUUAAAAGAAAAUUGAACAUUCUGACUCGACCAAGUGGAAUAUUGGUGAACAAUACUAAGUUAGACGGACCUUUAUUACAGAUUCUAUUUAUGAACAAUGCUAUUUCAAAGCAAUAUCAUCAAGAAAUAGAGGAAUUUGUAUCAAAUUUAGUAAAAAGAUUUGAGGAACAGCAGAAAAAUGAUGUGGAAAAGACUUCCUUUAAUCUUUUGCCCCAGCCAUCCAGUAUUAUGCUAGAAGAGGAUCAUAAAGUAGAAGAAUCUGGUGCCAUUAAAAACAACAAGGAAGCUUUUAGUGUUGUAGGAAGUGUCCUGUAUUUUACUAAUUUUUGCCUUGAUAAAUUGGGGCAACCGCUACUAAAUGAAAACCCUCAGCUUACCGAAGGAUGGGAAAUACCCAAGUACCAGCAAGUCUUCAGCCACAUUGUUUCUCUAGAAGGGCAAGAAAUACAAGUAAAGGCAAAAAGGCCAAAGCCUCACUGUUUCAAUUGUGGUUCUGAAGAACAUCAAAUGAAAGAUUGCCCAAUGCCUCGAAAUGCCGCUCGAAUAAGCGAAAAGAGAAAAGAGUAUAUGGAUGCCUGUGGAGAGGCAAAUAGUCAGAAUUUUCAGCAGCGAUAUCAUGCUGAAGAAGUAGAAGAAAGAUUUGGAAGAUUCAAGCCAGGAGUUAUUAGUGAGGAACUUCAAGAUGCACUGGGUGUGACGGAUAAGAGUCUCCCACCUUUUAUCUAUCGGAUGCGCCAGUUAGGGUACCCACCAGGGUGGCUUAAAGAGGCUGAAUUGGAGAAUUCAGGUCUCGCACUCUAUGAUGGAAAAGAUGCUGCUGAUGGGGAAACAGAAGUUGGAGAAGUACAACAAAAUAAAACUGUCACUUAUGAUCUCUCGAAAUUGGUAAACUAUCCAGGUUUUAAUAUAUCUACUCCCAGAGGAAUUCCAGAUGUAAGUAUAUUGGGGUUUUUUUUUUACUCUUGCUGGGAUCCGAGUGUGAGGUCCAGCAGCAAGAGGUCUUCCUCUCAGUCCAGCCCAGGCAGUCCAAAGAAGCAGAAGAAGGAAAGCAGCUCGGCAGCCUCCCCUACUGACAUGGAGCUCGACUCAGAUAUGGAGGCAGCUCAUAGUUCUCAGAGCAGGGACACUUUUCAGUUCCAGCCACCAUUACCUCCUGGCACUCCUCCUCCGCUGCCACAGGGAACUCCUCCACCCAUCUUCAUUCCUCCGCUCCCCAAGGGCACCCCGCCCCUGACUCCCAGCGACUCGCCCCAGACCAGGACAGCAUCUGCAGCUAUGGACGAGGACGCGCUGACUCUAGAAGAACUUGAAGAACAGCAGAGGCGGAUAUGGGCGGCUCUCGAGCAGGCGGAGAGCAUGAACAGUGAUUCUGAUGUUCCUGUGGACACACCUUUAACUGGGAAUUCUGUUGCCUCGUCACCUUCUCCAAAUGAGCUAGACCUCCCUGUCCCGGAGGAAAAAGAAUCUGAAAAGCAGGUGGUACUGGACGAGCCUGAGGUACCAGACACUUGUACAAAGAAACCGGAAGUUGAACGUUCCUCAGGUCCAGAAGCUGAGGCUACGUCGCUCUGUCAGGAGGAAAAUGAAGAGUGUGCUCCAGUAGACACUAAAGCUGCUCCUCUUGAUAAUGGCAAUGUCGUAUCCCACUGUGACGUUAGGAAUGGAGGUGGCCAGAAGCUCCUUCACUCAGAUACCACUCCUUCAAUGGCCACCAAAAUUCACAGCCCUAUCCCUGACAUGAGCAAAUUUGCAACGGGAAUAACGCCAUUUGAAUUUGAGAAUAUGGCAGAAUCUACUGGCAUGUACCUCAGGAUAAGAAACUUGUUAAAGAACUCGCCCCGAAACCAGCAGAAAAAUAAAAAGGCUUCUGAAUAACUGCUUGGCAUAGCACCAGGAGCUAUUUAAUUAUCUAUAACUUUGUCUUCUGUUAAUUAGUGCUAAGUGGACAGAUAAAAUUGUUUUCCUAUUUGUCCCUCCCAUGUUUAAAAUUCUACCCAAGGUUUAAUUAUGUUCUCAAGUCAAGCCUAUUUUAAAGAAUGGGAAGACUGGGCUUACUAGUUUACAAUAUUUUAUUCUCACUGACGAAAAGUUGGGUGGGGGGCAAAUGUAAGUUUGAGCUGGUUUAGAGAUAGUUUGUUAAGGUUUAUACUAUUUUUGGAUUGUGAGUGUCCAUCAAGAGUGGUUUUUAUCUGUCUUUUGUACAUUGUUUUCCCUUUCUACAUUUUGCUAAUUAUCCUGUAUAUAAGUUUAAUAUAUCACUUUUUAAAA